AUGACAGCCACGAGCAUUGUGAUUCCCACCAGCAGCGACAUGCUGUCUGGGAAACACUCACUGCGAGUGCCAGUCAUUGCUCCGCGCAUCAAGGGCUUCGCUCUCCCAUCGCCGCCAGAUUCGAGUCCCCUGAAAUCCAUCAGCUUGGGAACUCCUUCACCCCGCAUUCGUCUUCCGCCGCGGUCACGCACGGGCUGCUGGACAUGUCGGAGUCGGAAAGUUAAAUGUGACGAAAACCGUCCCAAUUGCGGCCAAUGCUCUCGCCUAGGGCAUCUAUGCGAUUACAGCCCCCGUCUAUCCUUCCGCGAUGAUACGUCCCGAGUUAUGGAGCGCAUGUCCGAGGUAUCAACUGCUGGAAACGCAGUUUGGGAUCCGUCAACCCGGAUUCACUCUCCUCCCAUAUCCCCCGGACUUUACGAUUCCAUGCCCCCAUUCUUCACUCUGACCUCGGAUGAAGAGCGUGAGAAGAAAGCGGAAAACAGCCAUCCCGGUACUUAUCAUGUCAUUGCGACACCUGAUAGCUUCACUGGUCUUCCAGAGUACUCGGACGAGUUGUCCGUUGAUUCAAGUAGCAAAAGCCUGAAAUCCAGGCGAGGGUCAGCGACUAGCUCACUGCUCAGUCGCGAGAGCAGUGAGACAAAUGAUCCCAAUAUUGUCAUUUUGGAUCGCUUCGAGGACAACAGUCAACGCUACACCACACCACAAUGGAGGAAACCAAGGUUGUCCUCUGCCUCUUCAAUGGUUACGUCUCCUCCGCCUGCAGCGUCUCCCCUUCAGUUCCCAUUUGAUGGGUACUAUGCUCUUUCGCAUGUCCUUGGAGUUGAGCGCGGCAGUCAAGAUGAGAGACUUCUUACUCACUUCCGCAAUGUUGUGUGGAAACAGCUCAUCCAGGGGCAAUAUACCCAGGAGCUAUUCUCUCCCUUGUCUAGCCCUAUUAUUCCGGGAGCAGAGAUGUUUGAAGAGAUUGCCUCUACAUUUCCACCGCUACUCCAUGCGAUGAUGGCCGUAUCGGCCUUUAGCCUUUCCCGGCAAGAAAGUACUCAGAGCCUCGAGGCCUUGCAACAUUACCAACAAGCAUUUCCCUCACUACAGACAGCCCUGCGCAGCAACGAGGAUCUUUGCUCUGAUGGGCUGUUUCUCACUCAUUUUCUUUUGCUUGUCUACGAGAUUGCGGCUGCCGAAGAGGGCGGAUCAAACCUGUGGUCUCAUCACAUGUCCCAACUGCUCCAGAUCUCAAUGAGGCGAGCAUCAACCUUGGGCACUGAACGAUACCCCUAUAUCAUAUGGUUUGUUUGCAACAUCGACCUCUAUGCCCUGCUCAGCGGUGCAGGGACGGGAAAGUUUUUAAAGGCAAUGCUCGAGAACAACAUGCUGCCAGACUCGAAAUGCCAACUAUAUCCGUUGGCCUCGAGUGGAUAUAGCGUGAUAUACCCGGAAGAGAAUGCCACCCUGCCUCAUAUACUCCAGCUAUACUACGACACGUUUGUUCUUGCAAGCAGGCUGGCUUUUCUAGCUUCAGAGCUACGAGAUGGCGAAGUCUGCUACGAUGCGUCUUCUCCUACGGCUGCGAGUCCCAAGUGGCUGUACGAGGUUAGAGGCCGCUUGCAGCAGCUGUGGAAUUCGGCAGAUAAUCAUUAUCUGUGCCAGCAUAUGGAAAUCCUUCCGCAACGGUCUCGCGAGGUUUUUCAGAAUGCGAUAACCCUGUAUCACUCCUGCAUGAUCUACUCCUACACAAGCAUGUGGAGGGGUCAGCGUCUGGGAGCAGACACUGGUUCCGAAGAAAUGAUUAGCCAUCACGCAUCGGCCAUCCUGCAAGUUGCAGAGGCAAUUGUGCGUGACGAGCGCUUUGAUCUCCGCUUUGUCAUCUUCCCUCUCUUCAUGGCCGGUGUUUCUACCUCAUCGGCCGGGCAGAAAAUGAUGGCCAUGGACUUGAUGUCCAGCAUGGAAAAACAAGCGUUGGGCCGCAAUGCAACAACGACGCGAGACUUGCUGCAAAUGGUCUAUCAGUCACAGACGGAGCAUCUCAUGACUGUGGGCCACUCGGUGCAUGUCGACUGGCGAGAUGUCAUGACUCAGUAUGCGAUGCAGGUUGUUAAUUUUGGGAUGUAA